AUGGAUAAGGCAUACCUUCCGCAAUGGGGCCAGUUACCCGUCGAGCAUUACUUGAUCAAACAAUGGGAUCACUCCUCAUCUGAGCCUACUGGAGACCAGCGCCUCCGACUGAUCCAUCAGUUCUUAGAUCUAGAUGAGAUUCCGCAGGAACUGGACCCUACUGGUCAUACCUCGGACACUUACGAAACACUGUCACCUAGGGCCUAUGAAAUUGACAUUAUCCUUCGCCCCUGGCGCUCUGAUGACCUACGGAAGAUAGCGUGGAGGAUUUGGGGGUGUCAUAAUGAUCAGUUGAUUUUGUUACGCACCCACUACAAUGCCGAUGACAACCACAAGAUCACGGAAUUAGUAGGGUCCGAUGAGCUCCACGAGGAGAGGACAGCCUGGUGGGCACUUCUUGAUAAUCCCAAACUCUUCAAUUUUGGUGACCAGUGGUGGCAAGUCUUCGAUAUCUUGCCAGAGUUAGCCGGCCCUUUGAAUGGUUAUAGCCGCCUGCCAGACCCAGAAAGUAUCUCACGGGAGAGACAGGAUUUUAAGGAGAGACUACCGACCCUCAAACAAAGCGACGAAUGGACGGCGAAUCGUGAUAAUUAUAUUGAAAGAGAGUUUGCAUACCUUCGGCGAAUAGCUUCAGAGGGCUAUCUUGCUAUUGCGGAUCAGGAAGCUUUUGAAACAGAUAUGCUACGGUUAAUCGAUUAUGAUGGGAAGAGGAAUAUUGUCCAAGAGACCCGGACAGAAUUCGAUGAGCAGACAUUUGCUGAUGUUGCCGUUGAAUGGGAUCAGUUGUCGCUUCCUAUGCAAUUAUGGGAGGACGGAAAGACUGGUGAGAAGUAUCGAGUGAAUGGGGAGCUGGGAAGGGAGUUAUAUCAGCUAGAUGAGGCUGAUCUGGAAUAA